UUAUUCCAGCUGUUGGGUAACGCGUGUGAUUUAUUCCAUGAGCUCCAGGGACCCUUCAGUACCGCAUCUGAUCGCGUCGCGCAGCCAAACAGUAUGUUUUUCAGCGUAGUUUUUGGGUUGUCCUGAAUCGGAAUCGCAUAUAUUCUGACCGCUAUGAAAAUUACGUUCGGUUUCGUGGUCGUCGGCGGGGGUUUAACGGGUGUUCUCAGUUUCAGCUCUUUAGCGCUCGCCAUUGGAACCGAAUACUGGUACAUUAUCGAGGACAAGCGCAUGAACCACACCGACCCGGUGCGCACUAACUUCGGACUUUGGGGAGUUACAGAUGAUGUCCAAAGUCAUACAGAAGACACUGGAUAUUCAGAAUCAGACAGGCAGAUGAAGAUCAUGCAUAGAGUAAUUACCAUCUUGCUGCCCUUGAGUCUGGUGAUGCUGGUGUUUGGAGGUAUCUGUGGUCUCGUCAGUUCCCUAGCCAGAAGCAGGACACUCCUGAUCGGAUCUGCUUCAUACUUCCUCCUGUGCAGUCUUCUCACUCUCUCUGGGGUGAGUCUGUACAUCAGGUACUCUCAGAAGGCUUUGGAAGAAACUGAAAGGCGGAUGGGUCGUGAGCAAAUGGCUCAAGUGCACACAUCAUUUGGCUGGUCUAUGGGCAUGGCCUGGAUCUCCUUUCUUCUGGAGGUGAUCACUGGUCUUCUGCUACUGCUGGCUGUCAAGCUGGUGCCUUUAACCCAGUAUGAAGAGACUGUCGCUCCCAUAUAGAGACUAACCACCGCCUUGAAACAUACAUGUCCAUUUCAGGCAAGGUAGUCAGUUUUUGUCAAGGUAGGUCUCCUCUCUGUCUUACAUUGUUAGCAAAAAUGCAGAUGUACAUUAGCCUGUUCAUUUCUAAGAUGACUGUUUUCCACAUUUUAGAAUAAUGGUAAUAUCAUUAAAACUAUCCACCGUUUUCUGCAACACGGAACUAAUCCUAUGGGUGAGAUUUCCGGUUCAUUAGCCUCUAUAGGAAAAUGAGAAGAAUAGCGGCAUGCUGUAAAUGGCAAAACUGAUUGCACUACAAAAAAAGUGUGUUCAUAAUUAAUAAAAUACAUUAAAAUAACAAGGUAAGGCACACCAAUUUGCAAUAUCAAGCAGCAAAACGGUCUGUUUUGUACAGCUAAAAAUAACUGGAUGCGGAUGAGACCGGAUGGCUUACCCACAAAAUUUACAAAUGGCUGCACCCCACUCUUACUCUUGGAUAAAAUAACACAAAUGGAAGUAAAUAAAAAAGGGCACGUUUUGUAUUCAGAACUAAUUUCAAAUGCUUAAAAUCAUGAGAAACAUGAUUUUGAGUAGUGUAGAGUUGGAUAACCAAAUUGCCCUUUGUAAUAUAUAUAAUAUCAGAUAUAAAUAUCAGAACUGUUAUGUAAAUUUCAUUCAAUUAUUUUUCUUUUAGUGGUCAUUCUGUUUCUUUCUCUGAGCUCUAUUACCUUUUAUAGCAUAUAAAUUCAAAGGCCAACUGUCUGGCUCAUUUUCAUAUCUUUUGUUGAUAAUUGCUACUGUUUGCUAGUAAAUUUCAUGUGUUUGCACCUCUGUAAUGUAUUAUCUUUCAUGCUGGGCUUCUGCUUUCCAGUAUUCGUGUUUCACUUUUUUUCUCUUGCUGUUAUUAUCCUUGACUUUACAUUAUGAACGGAGCACGUAACUGGAAGCGUGACCUAACUGUAUUUUUUUCUUACAGCCAUCCAUUGUUCAUUAUGUGUAGUUUUUAAAAAGGCUUUUCUGAAAGAAAUACUUUGAAUUCUGCAAUUUGAUUUGCUUUAUAUUUAAUACCUUCUUUGAUGUUUUAUACUCAGGCUGCAGAAACUUCACAUUUCAUGAUUGUGUGCUUUGAAUUUUUAAUUUUGAACUCUUUUCAAGAGUCAGGCUGUCCCUUUUAGAAACUAUGCGCUAUGAUGGAUCAUAUCUAAUCAUAGUUAUUUGUCUUCUCACAUUUCUGUCCAUUAAACCCAAAUAAGUAAAUUUAAUUUGCAAUGCCAAUAUAGAGACCUCUCACAAUCCCUGAGAUGGAAAUGUUGUUGUUCUUAUAAAUACUGUUCUUGUAAACACUGUUUUGCUUUUAAUACAAUCUUCUCAUUUAAAUGUAUGUUUGAGUGCUUUGCACUUUAACUCGAUUAGUAGCUGUUGUUGUUUGUCAUGUCUCGUUGUUACAGCUUUCGGGGAUAUUACUUAAUGGAAAUCUUUUGUGUUGACUUUAUUCUAAUUUUUUAACAGUGAGGAACAUGCUUUCGAUAUUCAUCAAGAUUAAAGAUUAAAGCUUAACUGAAUUGUCUGGAUGUAAUGGUUUGUGCAUGACUUUUGUUUUACAAAAAUGUGUAAAGGAUAACAUAUUUGGGCACCAAAGGCUGGGCAAAUGUAAUAAUAAUAAUCAGAAACAACUAAUGCUCAACAUUCAAAUUCUGAUUAUACAGUACAUCAAAACACAGCUCAACAGAUCAACAACAGAAGAAGGAAAUGUGACUCACAGUCAUGACUUAAAAGGUGCUUUUGGCACACUUGGCUGAAAUUCUGAAUCAUAAAGAAUGUAUUGUUUUAAAUAAGCACUCUGGUGGGUUUAAUUUUUUUUCUAUGCAGGAUAACAAUAGCUGUAGACAUCAGGGGUCUGCUUUAGCACUUCAGAGGGUGACAAGCUCUGGCGGAGGCAAGAAAUCAGAAUCAUUCAACUUCAUUUUCAGGUG